AUGUCUGCCAUAAGCGAAACAGACAAGCUUCGCAUCAUUAAAGCAGCACGGGAAGCUAGGGAGUUCGCAUACUGUCGUUACUCAAGAUUCCGCGUCGGUGCAGCAUUAUUGAGCAAGUCGGGAGAGGUAAUAAAGGGGGCAAAUGUUGAAAAUGCAUCGUACGGCGGAACCAUAUGUGCUGAACGCACGGCACUCGUCAAAGCAGUUAGCGAGGGCAUACUUGAAUUUGUCGCGCUGGCAGUGACGACCGACGUGCCGUCUCCCAUAUCACCAUGUGGGAUGUGUCGCCAGUUCAUACGUGAAUUCUGUGCUCCUGAGAUGCCCGUUCUUAUGGUCGCUGGGAAUUAUGUCGAAGGGUCGUCUGUCGACUUAGAAAAGUCCUCUAUCGUAGUUAUGACGGUCGAUGAACUCCUGCCGAAUAGUUUUGGACCGGAACACCUCCCGAGAUAA